UUAUAAAAUUUUGUAAAAAAGUGAUUUUUCUCCUUCACUGAUGUGCUCUAAUGAGGCUGCAGUGAUGGGCACUGAUAGGUGGCACUGAUAGGCAGCACUCAUAUGGCACUGACUGGCGGCACUGAUAGGCGGAACUGACUGGCGGCACUGCUAUGUGGCAUUGAUGUGCACUGGUAGGCACUGAAAUGUGGCAUUGAUGUGGCACUAAUGUGGCAUGGAUGAGCACCGACAGGUGGCACUGCUGGGCUACACAGAUCCUCAGUGCUCUGCGGCUCUCCUCUCGAGCUGUCAGCGUGACAGCUCGUGAGGAGAGAAAUGCCGAUAACCGGCAUUUCUCCAUUUACAUGCGAUCAGCUGUGAUUGGA